ACCGAAGGUACAGUACAGUAUAUACAAGUACACACUUGCCUGAUUCUUCAGCGGCCAUUUUCUUUUCUUCACUUAUUGCUGCAAGAAAACCUUUUCUUUUUCUAGCUUAAGGGUUUUGACUUUCUACAAAAAUCUUGGUGUUUAUUGCUUUUCAUGGCUGCUGAACGCCACGAAAACACCAACAACACCAAGACAUUACGCGCGACAUCCAAUAAUUCUGAUUUCACUUAUUUAAAAAUCCAAAUCCUUUCGUGAAAUUUAUUGACUGCAAAAGACUUGCUAAUUUCAGCCAAGAUGGAUAUGGGAUCUAUGUCGAUGUCCAUGACAAUGCCGACGUCGACGGCUACAGCCACCGCGUCAUCUGCAGCCGCCACCACCACGGCCGCGAUGAGUAUGUCCGGAACGGACAUGGGGAUGGGAGAUAGCCACAGCUGCAAGAUUUCUAUGCUCUGGAACUGGAACACCGUUGACGCGUGCUUCAUCACUGAAUCAUGGCGCAUCACGUCCAAGGGUAUGUUCGCCGGCUCUUGCAUCGGUGUCAUCCUUCUCGGCAUUCUUCUUGAGCUCCUUCGACGCUCUGUCAAGGAGUACGAUCGCUACCUAGUCCGCACGAACGCCAAGAACAGUAGCGUUGUCGCCGUGGCUUCCAACGAUGGCAAUGAGAGCGGCCGCACCUCACCUAAGCCUGGCCCUCAAGCCACUGCCGAUCCCUCUUCGGUAACUACCGCCCCUAUUAGCGCUGGCUACAGACCGAAGUUGCACGAGCAGGCUAUCCGAGCCCUACUUCACACUGCGCAAUUUGUUGUAGCCUACUUCCUGAUGUUGCUUGCCAUGUAUUACAACGGCUACUUCAUCAUCUGCAUCUUUAUUGGUGCGUUCAUCGGCAGCUUUGCGUUCCAGUGGGAGAAGCUUGGCGGUGGACAGCAGACUAGCGCUGCUAACGAGGCUACUGUUUGUUGUGGUUAGAUCCGUGCACAGGAUUGACGAAUUUGCAAUCUUUUAUGAUUGAGGUGGGGUUGUGCAUAAGCAUUCGGAGUUAGGGGAUAUCAGAAUACGCAUUUUGCGUCGCAUUUCUGGUCAAAAGACCUGUUUAAUUCUCUGAAUAAGGCGUUAAGUUAAUGAUACCUUUUAUUUUACACUUUUGCUGAACUAUCGUGAGCGUGAAAGCCAGAUUAGAUAUGUUGAGAUAUGCCAUAUUAACCUUAAUAUUUUAACAUUGUGAUUAAUCGCCAUGGCGAUGAACUCCUUUCUAGAAU